AUGCCGCCCCUCACCCCCCAGGCGCAAUUCCUGCACCCGGUGCCGAAGCCGAUAACCUUUCUCGAGUUCUUCAACGCCGUCCGCGCCACAACCCCUCCUCGCUUCCCUCAUGCCCGUGUCUCGCAGCCCCGGCGAAUCGCUCUCGCCGUGUCGGGCGGCGUCGACUCCAUGGCCCUCGCCUUUCUCUUCAACCAGCUCCGCGAGAUCAACCCCCUCAUGAAGAUUGCCGACAACCCGUUAGCCAGAAUCACAGCGUACGUGAUCGACCAUGGUCUGCGACAGGAAAGCGCAGAGGAGGCGUUUGCCGUGUCGAAAGAGCUGCGGAAGUUCAAAUAUAUAGUCCCGAUCGUCGACAAGAUCAAUUGGAAGAAGGAGGGCAUCGAAGGGGAUCCUGCGUUGAGCCCCAACCUGGAAAGCAUCGCACGACGAGCGAGGUACAGGCGUCUGGGCCUCAUCUCUCGCAACUUGAACGUCGAGAGCAUCUUCCUGGCCCACCACCAAGAUGACCAGUACGAAACGGUCCUCAUGCGCCUCCUCGCAGGUCACGGCAGCCGUGGGCUGCGGGGCAUGAUGCCCCAUGGCAGCAUCCCUGAAUGUUACGACAUGCACGGCGUGUACGAGUCCGGCCAUGUGGACGACCAGGCGCUCCGGAUGCCCAUGGUCUCUUUCCGCCCGCCCAAACGCGACUGGAAGUACGUCCGACGAGAGCUGUCCGCCGACAUGGACUGGGAAUUGUACUCGGCGGAGCUGAGGGCGGGCUUGCAGAUGGGAUGGCAUGAAGGCCCGUAUGUGGACGACGAGGUCGACUCGCUAUUCGCCGCGACCGCAUCGGCUACCGCGAAGGCCAAGUUGGCGGCGGCGGCAGCGGCAGCUAGGAGCGUUCAGAGGAUAGUGACGGAGGACGCGGGUGUCAUGAUUUACCGUCCGUUGUUGGAGUUCAGCAAAGACCGGUUGAUCGCGACAUGCGAAAAGAAUAAUGUGCCAUGGUUCGAGGACAGGACAAACGCGGACCGUACGCUGACGAUGCGGAAUGCGGUGCGACACAUGGUGCGCAACCACCAGCUGCCCGAGGCGCUGAGGAAGGAGAGCGUGCUGCGCAUGUCGGCGCGCUGCGACGCCAGGGUGAAGGCGGAGGAGUGGGAAGCGGAACGCUGGAUCCGACGCGGCGUCAAGGCCGAAUUCGAGCCCAACGUCGGCACCCUCAUUGUCACGCUGCCCUCCAUGGCGACUACCCAUGGCAAAACGAGGCACAGGUCGGGGAAGAAGAGGAGGGAGCUGCGGCUGGCACAGAAACGUACCAUCGCCGCCAUUGUGGUCCGGAAGCUACUCUCCUUCGUAUCCCCCGAAAAACACCACGCCCAGCUCUCCUCCCUCCAAACCGUCGUGGCCCGCCUGUUCCCCUCCCUUUCCGACCCGUCCGACCCUCCCGUCGUCCCGCGGAAACCAUUCAACCAGGCCUCCGUCCUCUUCCUACCCCUAUCUGACCCUAACAAAUGGUACCUCGUCCGCGAGCCAUACCCCUCAAUCCACCCCGUUCCAGAGACGACCUUCAAUACAAACGCAAGCGGAUUCCAACGCCGCCACCCCCAAUUCCCCCCGGCUCGUCCAGACACGGAAUUGAAAGACGGGCAGAGUCUCACCGACGAUCCCACGAAGCAAAUCAGCAGUAUGGAAUGGCUACAUCGUCUCCAGCACGAACCCCUUCGCAACUUUCCCGAACCGUCGUCACGGAACUGGUACUCGUGGAAGCGGUUCCAGCUCUGGGACGGCCGUUUCUGGAUCCGUCUGCGCGGGCGCGCGAGGUCCGUCUUCCGCAUAGCGCCGUUCUCCCCGCAGCACGCGAAGGCGUUCCGUGAGGGUCUCGGUGGCGGCAGCAGCAGUGGCAGCAACAGCAGCAACAAGGAAGUGCCCGCGGACGACGCCAGGAUCCGUUUCGAGGGCAUCCUCAAACGCUUCGCGCCGGGAAAAGUGCGGUAUACGCUCCCCGCGCUGUACGCCGUCAACCGCGACGAGGAGACGGGGCAGGAGAUACUACGGAUGCUCGCGCUCCCCACGCUCGGUAUCCAGCUUCCUGGUCUCGAGAGGUGGGUCCUCUGUGAGGCGCGUUACAGGAAAGUGGACUGGGACUUGUUGGAUCUGAAUCCUCAUCGUCACGAAGUCAUGUUCAACGGUUCUAUUCCCAUGCAUAAUAGGCGUUGGAAAAGGUUCGAAUGGAGUUGA